GGCUAGGCUUAGGAGUGCUCUUCGCUGCUCAGGGCGUUCGUCGGUGAACAAGCGCAACACUAUCAAAAAGGUAAUACACGUCUAGUCUAAUUCUAACAUCAGCUGCUGGAUCUCUAUAACAAGUAGAUCGGUGAAUAAUGUCGGUGCUCACCUCCGUUGAGAUUUCGCCUGCUUCCAUUGCGGCUGAGAAGGCAAAGCUCACCGCAACGCAUCAACGCCUGGAGAGCUUGACGGCGCAGCUCACACAGUUGCAAGAGGAAGUAAAAAAGGUGCGCGAUGAGGAGAGGAAUCUGUCAGCUAGUGUGCGUUGGCGCGAGCUGAUGGCGGCUGUGAACGAGGACGACGCGGUAUACGGUAUCACGGAGCGUCUGACUGACGCCUUCACCGCUUUCCACGAGUCGCUGGUGGAGCCGGAGGGCUACAUGCAGAACCAACGUGAUGAGGCCCAGUCGGGAGAGAACAUCGUACAGUACAGUGACACGGACGACUACGCCGACUUCAGCGGGGUCGAGGCGGUGGUGGAGGAUGUACUGGCCGUAGCGAAGGAGUCUCUGGAGACGCACUCGGCCGAUCCGACCAUCCGGUCUAGCAACCGCAGCUCCCCCGCGGGCUCCCUCACGCACCGCGCCAAGUCAAAUCGAGCCUCGGCAGAGUCGGAGGAGGACUUUGUAUGGAACGCGGCCGCACGUCGGCAAGCGUUGUUGCAGCUGCUCGUGGUGUCCGUCCUCAUGGGCAAGGUGGAGCAGCACUGCCGUUUCGAUUCCAUCCGCGACCCGUCUGAUGCACCGCGCACCGACGCCGAGGAGCUGCGGGACGGCGUGGCGGCGGUCUGGCAGUGGCUCUUCUACGAGCAGCCGACGAUGCUGACGGCGGCGGAGAGAAAGGAGUGGAUGGACAUCGCCGGCACGUUUCUCGGUGAGGCGUACACGGCGACGCCGUAG